GUCACCAUGCUGCGUUUCACCGUCCUCGCUGCCCUCCUGGCCUGUGCCACCAGCUGCGGGGUUCCCAGCUACCUGCCCAACCUAGCUGCCCGGGUGGUGGGAGGAGACAAUGCCCGUCCUCACAGCUGGCCCUGGCAGAUCUCCCUCCAGUACCUCAGGGAUGACACAUGGAGGCACACAUGCGGUGGCACCCUGAUUGCCAGCAACUUCGUCCUGACAGCUGCCCACUGCAUCAGCAACUCCAUGACCUACCGCGUGGCCCUGGGGAAGAACAACCUGGUGGUGGACGAUGAGGCAGGCUCUGUGUUCAUGGACGUGGACACCAUCCAUGUCCACGAGAACUGGAACUCCUUCCUGGUGCGCAACGACAUCGCCCUCAUCAAGCUGGCGGGUCACGUGGAGCUGAGUGACACCAUCCAGGUGGCCUGCCUGCCCCAGGAGGGCACUCUGCUGCCCCAGGACUACGCCUGCUAUGUCACCGGCUGGGGUCGCCUCUGGACCAACGGCCCUAUUGCCAACGAGCUGCAGCAGGGCCUGCAGCCUGUGGUGGACCAUGCCACCUGCACCCAGGCCGACUGGUGGGGCUCCAUGGUGAAGGAAACCAUGGUGUGUGCCGGCGGUGACGGCGUCAUCUCAGCUUGCAACGGGGACUCUGGCGGCCCACUGAACUGCCAGGCUGCCAACGGCUCCUGGGAGGUGCGGGGCAUCGUAAGCUUCGGCUCCGGGCUGGGCUGCAACACCCGCAAGAAGCCUACCGUCUUCACCCGCGUGUCUGCCUACAUCGACUGGAUCAACCAGAAAAUGCUGCUGUGA